AUGCCCUGCACUCCAGCGGACCCCGGGUUUCCUGCGGCCGCCGCCGCCGCCCCAGUGCUGAGCGGCGGGCCAGCAGGAGGGGAGUCUGCGGGCUCGGAGGGGGCCAGGGGCAGCUUCGGGGCGCUUGAGGAAAACUGUGUGACCCGCUCGAAGCUGCAGGUCGCAGAAGAGAGUCCGGGGCCCCGGGCGCCUCCACGCGGGACCCUGGGUGUCAGACACGCCGAGCCGGACUCAGCCUACGCGGCAGCAACAAACACUUUGGCGUGGCUGGGCGGGGCCGAGCGGGCGGGCCACGCCCUCUCCUCCCCAAAUCCCUUCCACCGAGACUUCCCAUUGGCGCAGCCGCCGCAGCCAACGCCUCCGCCCCGGGCCGGCGCCCUGCAGCCCCAAGCCACCGCGGCGCGCGGGGUCUCGAACCCACACCCGAGCGGCUCGGCCCAGGCCCCCUCCAGCAAGGACCUCAAAUUUGGAAUUGACCGAAUUUUGUCUGCCGAAUUCGACCCCAAAGUCAAGGAAGGCAACACGCUAAGAGAUCUCACGUCCCUGCUAACCAGCGGGCGGGCCGCAGGGAUGCACCUUCCCGGCCUGCAGCCCUCAGCUGGCCAGUUCUUCGCGUCUCUAGAUCCCAUUAACGAGGCUUCUGCCAUCCUGAGUCCCUUAAGCUCCAACACGAGAAAUUCAGUUCAGCAUCAAUUUCAAGACACGUUUCCAGGCCCUUAUGCUGUGCUGACGAAGGACACCAUGCCACAGACCUACAAGAGGAAGCGCUCCUGGUCUCGGGCAGUCUUCUCCAACCUGCAAAGGAAAGGCUUGGAGAAAAGGUUUGAGAUCCAGAAGUAUGUGACCAAGCCAGACCGAAAGCAGCUGGCAGCCAUGCUGGGCCUCACUGAUGCACAGGUGAAAGUGUGGUUCCAGAAUCGGCGGAUGAAGUGGCGGCACUCCAAGGAGGCCCAGGCUCAGAAAGACAAGGACAAAGAACCGGCCGAGAAGCCCUCGGACGACGGAACCCCGGCUUUCGACGGAGAGCAGGACGAGAGGAGCCGCUCAGAGGGUGAGGCCGAGAGCGAGAGCAGCGACUCCGAGUCCCUGGACAUGGCCCCCAGCGACAAUGAGAGGACUGAGGGCGCUGAGCUCUCUCUGCAUCAAACAACCGUUAUCAAGACCUCAGCCGGGGGCAACCUCCUAACCACCACCACCAGCGCUGGGAGCUGCGGUGGCAGCAGUUUUAGUUUCAGCAACGCCAGCAGCCUCAGUAGCAGCUGCAACAACAGCAGCAGCAGCAGCGCGGGCAGCGCCAGCAGCCUUAGCAGCAGCAGCUCCACAGAGCUAUCCUCUGUGCCCCAGUCCACCCUCAACAAGACCCCUCCAAGCCCGGUGGCUGCCCCAGUACCAUCCAGCGGCCUAUAGACUGGGCGAGGGCUGAGGGCCCCAGGCCGCUGAUCGCGUGCCUGCUUUCAUGCGGGUGGCUGAGCCAGGGAUGGGGACGCCAUGGCGGAACCUCCCUCUGUGCAUCUGUUCACCAGUCUCCCCGCCAAUGGCCCAGAGGCCAGCCGCACUGCUUCUCCCCAGAAACCCGCAACUCGCAACUCGCACUGUGAAGUGUGGCUGAACUGUUCCUCCUCCCAGCCAGGGGUGGUGGCGCAAAGACUCGCACUGAGGCCGCCUCAAACUUGUAAAUAAAAUGUUUACUAUGGUUUGUAAA